AUGUUCGUACUUUAUCAGUCUGGAACCACCACUGUACGAGUCGCAUCGUUGAUACAGUUUGGUGCCAAGAAAACACUAUACUACACCUCCACCGAGUUGCAUCGCCGACAGAAGGAGAUGAAUCAUUUUGCGAGCGAAACUGGCUCCUUUGAUUACCUCAACAUGAACUGCGAGUGUUUGUCAAAACACAUGUGUCGCUUGAUGCUGCCCACAAAUACACUCGUCUUCAUGACUUUGAAGCCCUCACCAGGCAACGGCAAAAUUCGGGCCCGCCCUGCACCUACAACAUGA